AUGCCAAAGCUUCAGGCCACCAAGGCAGGAAUCAGAUGUUCAUCAUCCUCUUCAUCGUCAUCCUCAAGUUCUGAUGAGGAAAGUUUGUCAGAGGGAGAAAGAGAAAGGCUAAUGAAGGAAGUUGAAGAGAAGAAAAAAAUUAUUUCAAACAUGAGAAGCAAAGCUUGGCGUAUGUCAAAGAAACUUCAUGUAAUAAAGGAAGCACAAGAUUAUGUUGAAAAAUUCGAAGGAGCCCUAGGAAGAGGAAAAGGGAGAAAGCUUUAUGCAUAUAAAAUUAUGAUGGCUAAGAGAUGGAUGAAAUUCAAGAGAGAUUUUGAAAAUUUUAAAACUGCCUGCAUACCAUGGGAAAUGAAAAUAAAAGAAAUUGAAAGUCACUUUGGAUCUUCUGUGGCAUCAUACUUUAUAUUUCUGAGGUGGAUAUAUGGAGUUAACUUAGUUCUUAUGUGCAUGGUGCUUGGACUGAUUUUCAUACCUGAGAUAUUAAUGGGCCUCCCAUAUGGAAGUAUUCCAAGAAAGACUAUACCAAGAGACGAGCAGGCAACAGCAAUUAACUAUGGUGUUCUUAGUGAGUUUGGGGGACUUUUAAAGUACUCACCCCUCUUCUAUGGCUACUAUGACAGUGAAAGAACGAUUGGACCACUAAAGUUUAGACUUCCCUUAGCCUUUCUUUUGUGUGGUGUGGGCGUGUUUGGAUACAGCCUAAUAGUUGUGUUAAGAACAAUGGCAAAGAAUAUGAAUGAAAGCACAUUUGGUGGGGAUGAUGACAAUUUUAUCUUCAGCUGGAAGAUGUUUACUAGUUGGGAUUAUCUUAUUGGCAACCCAGAAACUGCAGAUAAUAAAUUUGCUUCGAUAACAACUAGCUUCAAGGAAUCUAUUGUGGAUGAGCAAGAAAACACGAAGGAAGAAAAUGUUCAUCUUCAACGCUUCCUAAUUAUAUUGGCAAAUAUUUUGAUUGUCGCUUGUCUUGGAGGAAGUGGCUAUCUCAUUUACUUUGUUGUACAGAGGGGACAAGAAUAUAAAAAGCUGGAUAACCCAAGUUGGUAUCAAAAUAACGAGAUAGAAAUCGUAAUGAACUUGUUAUCAAUGUUUUGUCCUCCGUUGUUUGAAACAAUAGCUGCAAUGGAAAAUUAUCAUCCUAGGCUGGCCUUGAAAUGGCAACUUGGACGGAUAUUUGCAUUGUUCCUGGGAAAUCUGUACACCUUUCUUUUGGCUUUAAUCCAGGAUGUUAAUGCAAAAUUAGCAGAAGAAGAAGUGAUAAAGAACCAAACUGCAACAUUGUUAAACAGCCUUUAUAAUGCUACACAUAGCAAUGGGAGCACUGCAACACCCUACAUUCAUCCAGCGGAUAUGCCCAGAGGUCCCUGCUGGGAAACUAAUGUGGGGAUUGAGUUUGUGAAGUUAACAGUCUCGGAUACCCAGAUGACAUACAUCAUGAUUCUUGUAGGAGACUUUGGGCGAGCAGUUAUAGUUAGAUUUCUCAACUACUGCUGGUGCUGGGAUUUAGAAAGUGGAUUUCCAUCUUAUGCUGAAUUUGAUAUCAGUGGCAAUGUUCUUGGCCUUAUUUUCAAUCAAGGCAUGAUAUGGAUGGGCACAUUUUAUGCACCUGGGCUGAUAAUUGUGAAUGUACUACGACUCGUCUCUUCAAUGUACUUACAGUGCUGGGCAGUAAUGAGCAGCAAUGUUCCACAAGAACGGGUUUUUAAAGCUUCAAAAUCAAACAAUUUCUACAUGGCUCUUCUACUACUAAUCCUCUUCAUGAGCCUGCUGCCUGUGGCAUACACAAUAAUGACCAUAUCUCCCUCCUUUGACUGUGGACCUUUUAGUGGAAAACACAGGAUGUAUGAUGUACUACAGGAAACCAUGCAAAAGGAUUUUCCACCUUUUAUGACCACAGUAUUUGGCUAUGCAUCUAAUCCAGGAAUAAUCAUUGCAGCAGUUCUCUUAAUGAUUAUGGCAAUAUAUUACCUCAAUGCUAUAUCAAAGUCCUACAAGAAUGCUAACAUUGAGAUGAAGAAGAAAAUGCAGAGGAAAAGAGAAGAGGAAAAAAGCAAACGGAACAAUACAGUUUCAACCAACGAAUUAAUGAAAGAUUUAGAAGACCUUCUGCCUCCUAGUGUAAGAUUUGGGAUAAAAAAAGAAAGUGGAGUGAAAGGACGUCUCAUGGACCAAGAGGUGACUAUUGUUACCAACUACGCCCCAAACUCCAAUUCUUUUCCCUUUUUCCAUCACCUUCUUCAGACACUCUCUCGUCAUGAUAUUGCUAACAGAGGGAUAGCGCUACGCGAGACUUUGGAUAGCGCUAUGCGAGACCUCAAUCUCCUUCUUAUGCACCUUGCCGACAGUUACGACGUGCUCGGCAUCACUUCUAUAUGCAGGCGAACAAACAAGACACCAUGA